AUGUAUGCCAUGAUGUCUGUUUUGACUUCAGUACCAUAUGAAGACGAGCCAACGACGUUAUCCGCGUACUAUAGCAAACCAAUGACGUCAUCGGAACCACCGAAAUUUGAACAUGAAUAUGAAGCUGAAGAAUAUGGAAAAACCGAGCUGAUGGAGUGCCAAACCGAUCAAGUCAGGAUCAUUCGAUGGAGCACCUUGUCGGUUGUCUGA